CCUCAUACACACACCUUAAGCCAAGCCUAGCUAAUAUUUGGCGCCCGGUCGUUGCGACUCGCAGAGCCCCUUUUUCAUCUAUGGGAACCAUGGAAGAGAAGCCCCUGCUCGGCUUGGGCAAGCUCGUGAGCAGCCUGGGAGAGGUGUACAAGAGCGGCAGGACCAGGGACCUGUCGUGGAGGCAGUCGCAGCUCAAGGGGCUCAUCAGGCUCCUGACCGAGAAGGAGGAGGAGAUCUUGGACGUGCUCCACCACGACCUCGGCAAACACCGCACCGAAGCCUUCAGAGACGAGGUCGGGGUUCUUGUCAAGUCCGUCAAAAACACGCUGCAAAACCUCCAGAAAUGGGCGGCUCCCGAGAAGGCUCAAACGCCGCUGGUUUCUUUCCCGGCGACGGCGCUGGUAGUGCCGGAGCCGCUCGGGGUCGUGCUAAUUUUCUCCUGCUGGAAUCUUCCACUAGGCUUGGCUCUGGAGCCCGUCUCCGGUGCCCUAGCGGCUGGCAACGCCGUGGUUCUGAAGCCCUCGGAGCUCGCGCCGUCCACCGCCGCGUUCCUGGCUGCCAACAUACCGAGGUACCUGGACUCCGAGGCUGUGAAGGUCGUCCAGGGUGGACCGGAAGUUGGAGAGCAACUCAUGGAGCACAGAUGGGACAAGGUCCUAUUCACCGGGAGUGCUCGUGUAGGUCGCAUGAUCAUGACCAAAGCUGCAAAACACUUGACCCCAGUGGCGCUUGAACUCGGCUCGAAAUGCCCGUGCAUUGUAGAUUGGCUGGAUAGCAAGAGGGAUAGUCAGGUCGCUGUAAAUCGCAUAGCUGGAGCGAAAUGGUCUACCUGUGCCGGACAAGCUUGCAUAGCCAUCGAUUACAUACUCGUGGAGGAACAGUUUGCGCCGAUUCUGAUCGAGCUGCUGAAAUCAACACUGGAGCGAUUCUUCACGAAACCAGAGUACAUGGCGCGCAUUCUGAACGAGAAACAGUUCCGUAGGUUAGGUAGCCUUCUGGAGAGUCAUAAGGUGGCCCGUUCCGUUGUGCACGGCGGAGCCAUGGAUCCCAAGACCUUGAUCGUUGAGCCCACCAUUCUGCUGAAUCCCCCACUGGAUUCCGACAUCAUGACGGAGGAGAUAUUCGGCCCUAUCCUCCCGGUUAUCACGGUAAGGAAGAUCGAAGACAGCAUCGAGUUCGUCAACUCCAAGCCCAAGCCGCUCGCAAUCUACGCCUUCACCGGGAACGAGAAGCUCAAGGAAAGAAUCAUCAAGGAAACAUCGUCUGGGAGCGUCACAUUCAACGACGCUAUUGUUCAGGUAUAUAUGUACGCACCCUCGUGCCUGUCUGACAGAUAUGGGCUGGAGAGCCUCCCGUUCGGCGGCAUCGGGCAGAGCGGCUUUGGGCAGUACCACGGCAAGUACUCGUUUGAGAUGUUCAGCCACAAGAAGGCGGUUCUCAAGAGGAGCUUCCUGAUAGAGUUCAUGUUCAGAUACCCGCCAUGGGACGGCAGCAAGCUCGGGAUGCUGCGGCAUGUCUUCCGCUACGACUAUGUGUCGCUGUUCCUCGCGCUGCUCGGCCUGAGAAGAAGGUGAACGGUGCCAGCCGGAGGAACCGAGGAAGACAUCGCCCGGUGAAGGGGAAGGAUCUGCAGCGACCGUUCUGUGCACGAUGCCCAUUCGCAUUGUCUACACCGGCAGAUGAAUGUAUUCGCCAUUUCGCCCUGGAUAUAUCCCUAAGCAUUUGAACUAGCGUGCGUCCUUAUGAAUAAACUUUUCGAUCCAUGCACUGUUCUCAACGGGAACCUCUGCUCUAAAUUUGCAGUCAUCAUUUCAUCAA